CUUUAAUCUGUAUUUUAUUUAUAUAUUUUUCUUUUCUAAUCUCAGUUCGACCAGAGGUGAAGGUUUCAGAUCAGAAAGCAGAUGGAGCCACAAAGAUUUACUGCCACGUCUACGGGUUUUACCCCCAGGACGUGGAUGUGAAUUGGAAGAGAGAUGACGUUGACGUUCCCUCAGAUGAACCCAGACAAGUUCUUCCCAAUAUGGAUGGCACUUACCAGAUCACAGUUACUGUGGAAGUACCACUAAAGGACACAGGGAAAUACACCUGCCAUGUGGAACACAUCAGCUUGGAGAAACCACUUAUAGUAAAUUGGGGUACGUGUCACAAUAACACAGAUAUCAUGAGUUGUUUUUCAGUGUGGGCUUUUUGAGUAAUUUUAGUCUCUAUCGGUCGUAAAGUAAUAAACUCAAUAAUAUGAUAAUUACAGAAAAGGGUGAGUGUAAUGGAGCUCCCUGUACCCCUGGCUGGGUACCUCCACCAAGGACCGCUUCUUACCUGGAGCAGUGGACAAACCACAGCACUUCUGCCCACAGUCGCCGUGGUUUGACUGGGGUCCUGGAACCGCUCCCUCCUGGAGCCGAAUGGGGAACUUGCUCUAUCAACCCCCAGGCACUGGAUGACACUCAGUCCUGGGAGCUCUAGUCCUUACAAGAACUUUCCCCAAUGAAUCCUCCACACUGGAACAGUGAUUAGCCCUUUCCCAUCCCAGUAUCCAGACAACACAUAGUUCUGGGAGUACAAGCUGGAAUGUUUUAAUCUGGCCAGAUGGUCUGCUGUUAUACAGUUUCAGAUACAGUUGAUCACGCUCAUGACACUCCCAUACAAACAAGAUAAUCCCUCUUCUGGACUAGUUACCAGUCCCAAACUCCUCCCCUGUGCCUGAGAGAUAAUUGUGUCAGGAACUGAACCAACUCAAUUUUCUCAGCGCUUCUACCCCAGUUGACGUGGCUUUACUGGGGUCCUCCUGGAGCCUGUCGAUCCUGGGACAAGGUAGGGGACUAGCUCUAUUUCCUCUCAAGGACUUGACGACACACAGUCCUGGGAGCUAUAGUCCUACAAGGACUUUCUUUGAGGAAGGGACUAUUUGAGAUAGCUUUAGUAACUUGCAAUCCUAUUUAGGUGACUUGGUGGAAUUCUAGUAUUUACUUUUUUUAAAUCAAUAAAAGUAACACUUUAGUCAAGGAAGACUAUUGCAAUUUGAUUACCAAUACUUCAUAGGACAGUCCAGUCUUUCUUCAGUGUGGAUAAGUUUCCGUUUUUAGGGUAACCCCAGAGUGAGUGUUCUUAUUGAUCAAGCUCAUUUGUUGGUGUUUAGUAUAAUUAUUAAAGAACCAGGUGAAAUUUAGCAAAGCUGUAUUAGCACAGCAGCAUCAUUUAGAAGUCGGGGCAGGACACACAUAUGAAGAUCUCAAAUGCAAAAAAACUGGCUGCAUGUCAAGAGUGGAAAAGAGAAGAAAUACAGGAAGAGAACCCACCUCCUCUUCAGCACCAGAGAGACCAUAUAGGACAGACUGCAAAAUGCUACCAGCAGCCAAAAGUCUUCAAACUAGUAGAGGCUGGUGGGGAGCCAGACUGGUCACUUCAUGGAUUUGAAUCUAUCCCUAAAUGUUUUUAAUAAUGAAUAGGAAUAUGCAUGGCACUACUACCUUCAAAAUCUGUGGACUAUCCCAAAGAUAGGGAAUAAACCACAUAGAUAUUCUUAUUAAAGAAUAAAAUAAAUAGGGUAUUUUAAGGCCAAACUAAAAUUUCAAGUGUAAUACAGAGGUUUUCCACUAGAUGCCUCCAAAUGAUUACUUUGCAAAUAUUUAUUUUACAGUAAAGUGCUUAAUGCAAUACAAAUUUAUUCAGUAGGAAAAUUAAAAUAAAAAAAUAUUAUUUAUAAAGCACCAACAAUUCUGCAGAACUCUACAAUAGGUGGACUAGCAGACAAGUGUGACGGACGUCUGGUACCCCGGCUGGGUACCUCCGUCAAGCUUGCUUCCUAGCUCUCACCGAGACACCAGCAGCGUUCCAGCCCCUAGCUGCCGCAGCUUGGCUGGGGUCUCGCUGUCUCUUACCACCCUGGAGAAGGGUCCUGGAUACAGCUUCAAGUGAUUAAGCUCUCCUGCAGAGACUAUAGCUGUGUAGCUGGUCAACCCAAACACUAGCCUAGACUGAGUGAAGGGUGAAAAGGAAUUGGUUUAUUAUGGCCAAAUUGCCUGUUUAUAUACAUGGCUCCCAGCAGAGGGUCUCUAUUCAAUACAACACAAGCCCCUCCCAUAGAUCUCUGGGCCUGGGAGAUAAUUGCGUUAAAGACCAGUAUGCUAAUUAUCUCCCAGGAAUAGAGAACCAAACACAAAAUAUAAAAACAUAAAAGUACCCCAAAACAUAAUAAAAACACACAAUAACCCCACAAAUCAUACAAAGCACUCAGAUCCAUACAGCACAAGGGAAUCGCCACUGUGUCACAAGUUCUGACCGGCCGUACACAUGGCCCCAUGCCCAAAACAGUUCCAGGGCAGUUAGUGCUUUUGCCGGUCAUCUUUCGGGAGCUCCUGCGGCCAAAAUACGGAGUGCUCCUCCUGGCUUUCAUGAAGAGUUUAUUCAUCUUAGUCUCAGGCACAUUCCCUCCUAAAAGCAAUUGCAUGGUGGUUCGCAAAGUGGUCAAAACCACCGGACCAAGUUGCCUGGGAACCACACGGUCCCCUAGCCGAAAAUAUUUCCAGAGUAAUCAAAGCUAGGUAUCGCUGGAGACCGACUGGGAACCACGAAGUCCUCAUGCCGAAAUUUGUUCCAGGCAAUGGCGGCCAAGUACCCCUGAGACUGUUCAUGGUUUUGGUGCAUGCGAACGGCCACCAGGGAGCCAGAGUUCGGCUGAAUUCGGGAGAAGGGAAAAUGCCGAACCUGGGCAACUGGGGGAAAUUCUCUUCGGGAGGUUAAACAGGUUAACUCCCAAACUGGGUUUGUGGACAUGGCCCAUAGUCCUUGUUGCAGGAGACUAGCCAGCAGGAUUCUCCAGGAGCUCGUGGCAUAGGCAUGUUUGCCACAACGAGCAUUUGUAACAUGAUGAGUUAGACGGACAGGAACAGAGGAUGUUGAGGACCUUUCUCAAACAAGUUUGCAUUCCAGAGGGAGUGGGGUAAAGUGGCACAAGAGGUGCGGGUAGGAUGUAUUUCAUUAAUGGGGGGGGGAGGGGCGUGAAUGUAGGUUACUAGAAUAGUUUACAUUGAAGGGUUAGUUUAUUCGAUGACACAGUUGCAGGAGAAGAAGCAGGGUGAGCACUGCAGCCAGCACAAGGUUACUAGUGCGCGGAGGUAGGGAACUGAUAACGCAGGGAGGAGGGAGCUGAUAGUGCAGAGAGAAGGGGAGAAAGCUGAUAGCGCAGGGUGGAGUAGAGGGAGCUAAUAGCACAGGGAGGAGGGGAGAGAGCUGAUAGCGCAGGGUGGAGGGGAGGGAGCUGAUAGCGCAGGGUGGAGUAGAGGGAGCAAAUAGCACAGGGAGGAGGGGAGAGAGCUGAUAGCACAGGAUCGAGGGGAGGGAGCUGAUAGCGCAGAGAGGAGUGGAGAGAUCUGAUAGUGCAGGGAGGAGGGGAGAGAGGUGUUAGGUCAAAGAAGAAGGGAGAAGGACGCCAGCCACAUAUCUUUUACUGAUCCAAUUCCACCCCCUGGUGCAAACAGCUAAUAAGAGCCCAGUUGGCAAGAUACUAGGCUGACCUCUCUAAUUAUUGCAGAUUAUUUGGCUCCCUUAUGGGCCCAUUAACAAACAAUAGGGGGCUGUCCGGCAAAGUUGAGAACUUUAGACAGAGUUUAAUCAAAUUUUUGGAAGAACCCCAAAAAUCUGAAAAGGCAUUUUUUCUUUACUCUCACUAGCAACAGUACAGAGGAGUAAACAAGGGAAACUUGUUAAAACCAGAAAACUUUAUAUAGUUUAUUUUUACUUUAUUGCAAAAAAGGAGGGGGGAAGGGGCUUACGGAUGAGCCUCUGCCACUUCCAACACACUCAUACUAGGCACUAACGAUUAUUACUAACAAUCCCCUCCUCAAUGGUGCCUAAAUCGAACCUACUACAUUUAUUUUUAAGUAAACAGAAUUAUUCACUAACAUGACAAUUCAAAAUUAUUUUUAAAUUUAAGGUCAAGAUAGUCGAAUUAGAACUAUGAGCUAUGCCUUCAGUUUGACUACUUUGGCCUUAAAUUUGAAAUUCACUUUGAAUUCUCACUUUACUAAAUUAAGGGUUUUGUCAAAAUGUCAGCUGGGAAUUGCUAGAUCUCAAUAAAUCCUUUCUGGUGCAGGUCUCUUAUUACAUAAUGUCAAUGUGCUCGGUGUGUGCAGUGACUUUCUAUGUUUGCACCAUCUUUAUGGAGUUCUGGUUGUCUUCCAUCGGUCGGAUGGGCAUUGGCUCUUUGUUCCCAGGUCCUCUAGAAGUUGGUUAACCCAUUGUGUUUCCGUGCAUGUUUCUGCUGCUUGUGUAGUACAAUGUCCCACUGAUUCUUGCUCCGAAGAGACCCGAGCUAUAGCUUUGCACAAGGAAGAGGGAGAUCUGUUGAAAUGGGUCCGAUGUACAGGAGAAUUUUGUUAUCCAUAGGAUUGGUAGCAUUUAGACUUUCCUUGUCUGCCUUCCUUGAAAUGCUCCCAGGGAAGCCAACCACUCGGUGACUAAUGCAUUCUACUUAACCAACUUUCUUCUCUGACCCCUCCUAUCCAUCUAGAUCAGGCUUCCCCAAGCUCCGUCCCUCCAGAUGUUGCUGAACUACAACUCCCAUGAUGCUCAGCCUAUUUCAUUCAUAGAAUCAUGGGAGUUGUAGUUCAGUAACAUCUGGAGGGCCAGAGUUUGGGGAAGCCUCAUCUAGAUAGUAAGCUCCAAUGGGAAUAGGGCCCUCAAAACCUCUUGAAUUUGUUUGUCAUAUUUUGUAUUUUCUCUUAGACUUUUUAUACCUUUUGUCCUUUUACUUCCACCAGCUGUACCCACGGACAGUUAUGGACAAGUAAUAAUAAGGUUCUCUUAACACCUCUUAGAUUUUCAGAAUUUCUCACCCCUAAUCAUACCUUUUGUUUCUCUAUUAUUUAGAGCUGAAGUCAAACCCCGUCCUGUGGAUAGUGAUUGGUGUUAUUGCUGUUCUUGGAGUGAUUGGCAUCGUUGUAGGAUUUGUUAUAUGGAAGAAGCUUUCAGGUAACAAUCUAGCCAACUGCAAUGUUACAGACCAAACAGAGCAUCUUGUCAGAAUAUGUUUAAAUAAAGCAGGAGCAGGAUAUCCCUGCAUGUUCACAGGUGGAGCAAUCACUGCCUCGGUGUGGCUGGAGCAGGAUAUCCCUGCAUGUUCACAGGUGGAGCAAUCACUGCCUCGGUGUGGCUGGAGCAGGCUAUUCCCUGCAUGUUCACAGGUGGAGCAAUCACUGCCUCGGUGUGGCUGGAGCAGGCUAUUCCCUGCAUGUUCACAGGUGGAGCAAUCACUGCCUCAGUGUGGCUGGAGCAGGCUAUUCCCUGCAUGUUCACAGGUGGAGCAAUCACUGCCUCGGUGUGGCUGGAGCAGGAUAUUCCUGCAUGUUCACAGGUGGAGCAAUCACUGCCUCGGUGUGGCUGGAGCAGGCUAUUCCCUGCAUGUUCACAGGUGGAGCAAUCACUGCCUCGGUGUGGCUGGAGCAGGAUAUCCCUGCAUGUUCACAGGUGGAGCAAUCACUGCCUCGGUGUGGCUGGAGCAGGAUAUCCCUGCAUGUUCACAGGUGGAGCAAUCACUGCCUCAGUGUGGCUGGAGCAGGAUAUUCCUGCAUGUUCACAGGUGGAGCAAUCACUGCCUCAGUGUGGCUGGAGCAGGCUAUUCCCUGCAUGUUCACAGGUGGAGCAAUCACUGCCUCAGUGUGGCUGGAGCAGGCUAUCCCUGCAUGUUCACAGGUGGAGCAAUCACUGCCUCAGUCAGAGCAGCUGGGACUCAGACAAACACAGGGAUAUCCCUAAACCUUUCCAACCCCUGUUUUUUAGGCUGCAGUUUGCUCUCUCUGUGUUACAGACUCUAUCCAUUGCCUGUUAAAUAAUGUCCUGAUUGUAGGAUGGAAUUAUUCUACCAGCUUCUAACACAGCAUUUUAUUUGUUUCUCUUCAGGACAAAAUCGCAAUUCUCCUUCAAUAGUAAGUAACACAUUUGUCAUAAUGAUAAUGUAUACAUUCACUAUGACUGUUACUGGAAUGUGUGUGUGAGCUGUAUGUGUAUUAUAUGUGUGCUGUGUAGCUGUGUGUGUGUGUGGGAGGAUAAUUGUAAUGACAUCCAUGCUCGGCCACUUUUUGCAGGGCAGGACUGGGCAUACAAAGCAUACUCACAUGCAGACCAGUGGUGUAUUUUGAAUUUGUGCUGCCCUAGGCCUGAUGAAACACGGGCACCCCCCCAAUCUAAAUUUGAUCCACCCUUUCCUGUCAAGGCUGCACCUCUUCCUGUUUUAGACCAACAUGCAGUUUGACUGACACCCAAUGACACAUUUACUCACUGACAGGCACACACGCUCAGAUACACAAACUGUGACACACACACACAAAUUAAUUGACAGACACACACAUUCACUCACUAGCAGGUACACACUUUCACUGACAGACAAAUGCGCUCACUAAAAGACACACACUUACAGACACACUCAUUUACUAACAGACGCACACUCGGACAAACACUGACUGACACAUACACUCACUAGCAGAUACACACUCAUGCACAGACGCACACUGACACAUUGACUGACAGGCACACACACAUUUACUGACAGGCACACACACAUUCACUGACAGGCACACACACAUUCACUGACAGGCACAUACGGACAGGCAUGCACAUUCACUAACAGACACACACACACAUUCACUCACAGACACCACGAUACUGACACACUCACACACAUUGUCCAACACAAAUUAUUCGCAAUUUAAUUUUAAUUAUCCACCCAGCCUCCCUACCUUUGGGACAGUUGGAGUGGAUUCUUCCUUGUGGUCCAGUGGGGCUGGCAGCUGGGUUGGCUCUUGCUGCUGGGCAGGCAGACGGGGACUGUCAGCCUAUGCGGGUUGCAAGGGAGCACUCUGUACCCUGAGCUCUUCCUGCUCAGCUCCCUUGUGCGCCGCUUAGUGAUCCCAGGAGCUGGAAUGACGUCAUAUUCCGGCUCCCAGCAUUGCUAGAACGCCUUAGGGGCCCUGAGGUGGCCGUUUGGUCAUCUCCUGUGUCCCCGUGAAAGAGGCUAACAGGGCAUCUGCCAGGGCACUUGGUUGGUGGCUUUUUUUACCGUCCCCUUGAAAGUGCUGCCAGGGCAAAUGUCUUGUUAGCCUCAUUAAAAAUACCGCGCUGAUGCAGAGCUGAUCUGUCUAAGGCAUAUGUUCUGGGAGUGCAACUAGCACCCAGCACACAAGUGCCAAUAAUUCUGGGUGUGCAAUUUUACACAUCCCAACUACUAGCAGCAUGACCUCUUCAAAAAGUACAAGUGGUCAUAGUGGUUGGAGUAACAGUUUACGUUGCAGCCAGUACCAUGUUUACAAGGAAUGGUGGGGGCAGACAAUCACAAGGACUGUAGACCACACGGGAGACUUAAGAGAGUGGCAGGGCAGCCAGUUUCAUCUCUGGGUCAGUGGGCGUAUGUGUGUGUUUGUGCAUCUGCAUUUGUAUCUAUAUAUAUCUGUGUGUUUCUGUGCUGCAUGUGUGUCAGUGUUUGAAACUGUGUUUGUGUGUGUAUUUCCAUGUAUGUCAGUUUAUGUGUCUGUAUCUGCGUGUGCUAGUGUGUGUAUCUGUGGCCUGUUUAUCUGCACAUGUGUGUAUAUGGGUAUCAGUGUGUGUUUGGCAGUGUAUAUGUAAAGAUGCACAGUUCUCAGUACUCAGACAUCAAAACAACACACAAAUACACCUCUGUAUUAAAACGCAAACACUGCAUACAAACACAACCCUACAUUCACUCACAUAUACUCCAUACAAUCAAAUGCUUACAUUCAAACACACAAACACUGUUUAGUGCUAAAUACAACCCUAUAAGAAUGGACAUAUAGAUCCCCAGUGUGGGAGUUGUACAACAGAUGGGAAUCUACCUUUUGGCCACCCUUGUGAUUGGGACGGGGGGCAAAAUAAUUAUUGGACUUGGGCCCUCUUUACGUUAGUUCCGCCACUGGCUGUGCAAUAUAUGUUUUUAUAUUUAUGAUAAUUAUACUAAUAGAAUGUUGUUUGUUUGUUUUUCUCUAUUUUUAGCUCUGAAAACAGCUGUGGUCAUUACGGCUAGUUCCCUAUAACGGUAACAUAUAGCACUGGUGCAAUCCUAAAAUAAGUUCUCCGCUUUUCAGCUCAUACGUGCCAUGCAGUACUGUGUAAACAGUGUGUUUGGUGCUGGACGUGAUUUUUUUUCUGUCUUUUACCAUGUCAAUGUGCACAGCACUAACCUCCAUCAAUCAGCUCAGUAUGCAUUCUUCCUGAAUUCUGUGUAAUGUGUCAUUUAACCAGACAGAAAUAUCCUAAGACAAAAGGAAUGGCAUACAUCAUUGAUUCACUGGAAAUACUAGAGAUCAGUGAAUUCUGUUUAUAAAUCGGAUCCAUUUAAUGUAUCUGGAGUUAGUUACACAUUUAUUGAUACAUAGGACGUUAUUUGGAGGUGAACUGUUGGUUAUUGGGGUUACCUGAUGGAAAAGCUUACAUUAGCUGUGCUAGAAUGGAGGAAGAUGGAUCCUUUCAGCUAUAAAAAUGUAGAGUAAUUCUGAUUCAUAAUUCCAAUUAUGUAAAUUGAGAAAACUGUUAUUUCAAUUUAAGAAGCUGUAUCACUGUGAUCCCCCAGUACUCUGGUGUAUUUUGCUUCAUCGUCAAGGCUAACCUAUUGUUUGAAAGACAAGCUUUCAGGAGAGCCUCCCAGUCUAAGCAUUUCUGAACAAAAUGACCAUGCAAACCAUCAGUUGUUAGUGUUUUUAAAUUCCUUUAAAUUCAAACUUUACAUCAAUUUGUUAAUUUUGAACAGAUAUUCUUUAAUGGUGAUUAAGGGAGAUUCUCAAUAAGUGUUCAAGCAUUAUUACAUACUUCCCAACUUUGGCAGUCCAGGAAUAUGUACGCCAGUGGGAGGGGGUAGGCCAGUGACACAAUCACGUAGUUGGCUUCACCUAAAAUGUAUG